CAGACAGUUUUGACAGUUUUGACAACCUCAAAACGAUUUAGAAUUCUGAGAGACAAUUUUCUAUUUUUGAUUCCGAGUUCAACCAUGCCACCUAAGAAACGUAGAAGGGAUACUACCCCCGAAAAAGAAAAUGCAAUUUAUAAUUUUCUGGCAAAUUUAGAGUUGACAAGAAUUUGUCCCGAAAAGUUUUUUGAAAUUAUCUUUAUUGCAGAAGCAGAUGAAGAAACAAACGAAAUAAUGAGGGAAAUCAUCAAUGCCUCUAUAAUAUAUGAAGAAAUAUCGUGUGCAACUUUCAUAACUCACGAUGAAGUAAUAAAUAUGUUGGAAAACUUUUCUGAAUCUGCUGUUCCCAUGAUAGUUAAACUCUAUUUGGAAGAUAUUAUACAAGAAACUAAACAAGAGUUUAUUAAGAAUCAAAAUUUGCAAUUGAAUAAACUAGCUCAACUAAUAAAAUUGAAACUGUUCGAAGUAAUGUAUCAGCAUUACGAGAAAAAAAUUAAUAGAAUGGAAAGGAGGAAAUGUUUGGAAAAUGAGCUUCAAAAUCUUUCUAUCUACACGAAAAAAAGUGAAGGUUUAAAAAAAACUGAUGUGAAAGAUGAAGUCAAAAAACCCAUGUCUCCAUCAAUUAAUGUAGAUACAAAAAGAAGUAAACCAAAAAUAUGUGAAAAAUCGGUCAUUGAAAGUACUAUUUUCGAAACUAUCAAUUUGUCCAAGUUAGAUGGUGACAAUAAAAUUGUUUUCGAUGACGAUAUAUCCAGUCAAAGAUGGUUUUAUAUUUUUCAUGGAUUCUAUGAUCCAUUCCUUCUGAAAGAGUUGAUUUCCAAUCAUAAAAUACCCAUCAGUGCAAUAAUUAGGAUAGAGUAUACUAGUUCUUCAACAAAUCAUAAAUGCGAAACUGGGGAAAAUAAGUCAAACCAUUACAAAACUUUCUGGAAAGAGGUAUCAAACUAUUUUGAUGGCCCUGAAAGAUCGAAUUCAUUUGAAAAUAGUAUCCUUAUGAAGUACAAUAUUUCUGGAAGUAAUUAUGUGGAGAUUUUCGAGGGACUUCUGAAUAUCUUGAAAAGAAUUUCUGAUAUUAAAUACAAACAUUUGAAUUACAUACGACAUAUGAAAACAUACAGAUUUCAAAAUAUUAAUGAAAUGUUGCCUGUAGAUUGUUUGAACACCUAUAAUAGAUUGUUGAGUCAUAUUCCCACGGAGCUUGUUGACGAGCACGUGAUUCUUAGUAGUCUUCUCGAAGAAAUCGAUUCUAGAAGUGUAAACAUAAAUGUGCUCGAAAGAUUCAAUAUCGAAAAAGAAAAGCCUCAACAGCCAGUAAAAUUCAUAGAAUGUACGAAUCCCCUUCAUUUGAAUGAGCAUUCGAGAUCUAGUCGAAAUUAUAGAGACAAAUUUUUCCCAAAACGUUUGACUUCCUACAUCGUACAUGAGAAUGACAUAAACCAGAUUUUAUUGAAGGAAUAUAGAAAUUGCGGUGCGUUAGUAGUCGAACUAUUGACUAAUGUUUGGAAAAAUGCAUUUCCAUUCAACAUUCUCAAGAAAAUUGAGAGAACGUUUCAUGAUAUAUGUCAUAAACAUGAUAUUGAUCCUUCCACUAGAAAAAAACAAGUUGAAACCGACAUAAUGGAGCAUUUCUUGUACCUGUGUCUAUUCAGUGCUUUGAUAGAUACAAGUUCUUCUGAAGUUCUUUCAUACAGUAAUUCAGCAGAAUAUCUUUCAACUUAUAACCGCAUAGAGUUUGAAAAUAUGUUGAAACCAGGAAUAGUUAAUGAUGGUUCUGAAUGUGAUAUUUCAACAAACCUAUAUGACCCAUCUCCCAUGAAAUAUCUUUGGAAAGAACAACUGUCUUCGGAAAUUCUAUCACAAGAGCUAUUGAGAGCAAAGCAAACCUACCUUUAUAUAGAUUCCAAGUACUCUCCUGAAACUGAUGACUUGUUGAUACAACUGUCCGAUAACCUUGGAGGAUUUGGUACCAAUACUAAAUUUUUUGAAGAAGCAGUAGUAACUCCAGUCUGUUUGAGAGAUUUCUGUAAGUAUGUGCUAGUAGAACAAUCCAAAUGGCUGGAAGAAAACACGUCGUUGAAAAAUAACAGCAAAGGUGAAUUCGGAGAGAACUGCGAAGGAGUGGAGCUGAUGAAAAACCUUGAUUUGUAUAAGGACUAUAGAUAUCUGCUCAAUUCCAAAAUGAUACUUGAAGAAGAUAUGGACAAAUGCACAAAAGUAGAAGAAAUGUCACCUUCUGAAAGUAUUCGUGAGCAAAUCCGAAUCGAUCCUACUAAUGGUAAUGGGAUGAAUGAACCAAGUGAAUCAGUAAAUAAUAAACAAUUUUUGGGAUAUGAUUUAGGAACUAAAUACCAUUGUGUCAGAGGUGCUAGGACUACUUUCUGCAGUCACGAUAAUGUAAAAAUCGUAGUAGAAAAUACUGGAAUGAUCGAUAAUGAAUCCAGAUGUUCAGUGAACUUGACUUGUAUGGGUAAUAUCCUCACGUUACAUUCGAAAAUAUUGAGCGACUACACUUUCCACUGUACUCUGAAAAACAAAACCGUAAUAACAUUUAUAUUGCAAGAUCACAUGAAAAAAACUAAACCAAAUAUUUCACCAAGGAUAGAAGUUUCUUCCGAAACCAAUGAAGAACCAGGGAUCGAUGAUACUGAAAUGGGUAUUUCGAUUUUCAAUAAUGCCAACAUCAAAGUCAUAACCGUCAACAUGGACGAUUUUACUAAAAAUAGUAAUUAUAGUACACCACAUAAUAUAAAUUCAUUUGAACCGAAUGUAUUCAACAAUUUGAAAGAUGCAAUUGAUGGAAAUUAUUCAGUAUAUAAGGUUGGUAACAACAUGAAAUUCUUAAGAAGACUUGAAAACAGAUCCGAAAUACCUCUCAGUGGUAUUCUCAGGAGAUUCAUAGAUGAAGUCGCUCAGAAACCAUCGUCUGAAGCAUUCAGUAAAAGAUUUGUAAACACAAAUGAUACAAAAUCUAAUUUAGCAGUGGAAAAAACAGUUGAUUUUCGUAUUUGUUUACCAAAUGGCUUAUAUAUAAGUUGUUAUCCAUCGCAAAUCAAUGAUAAUUUGGUAGAACUGAAACAGGAAUAUAUAUACCUUCCAUUAGUAAACAACGAGGAAUUUAGACUCUUCACGAGAGAAGGUACUGUCUUGAUAAAGAAAACAGACGGCACCAUUACUCUAUUGAAAUCCAAUGGAGACAUCAUUACUUUUGAAAAGCCAGAUAGUGAAAAUGACCGCAUCAGACAAUCCAACCUCAAAACAUGUCAUUGCAAAAACAUUAACGAUUACCGAAAGAAAAUUACCGAAAUAAUAAAAGACAGUACACAAAGUCGCCGUUAUUCCAGUAGAAGAGCUUGUUUCCAGACCAAAAAGGGAUAUAUCAUUAGAGAAGAUCUAUCUCAGGUUCUUGAAAAUAUGCAGGUACCGUAUUUAAGAAGGAUGUUACUACGAUUUGACGGUACCAAAACAACUCUGGAAAAAAACCAUAUCACUCAGAAGAAACUGUUCUACACGACCUGCGAACAAGAUUUUUUGGCAGAAGAAAUUUAUUUCGAAAGAGAAGAUGGAUUACGGAUCAUUUUAGAUAAAAUGGGAACUCAAAUUGUCAAAUUUCCUGAUGGCACUAAGAUUUCCAGUACUGUAUACGAGUCGAAAGAAAUGAUGGACGGUUACGUUUACAUUUCUUUGUUAUUUUCAUACGAACACCUAUAUUAUGCAACAGUCUCUUAUAAUCCCAAUGAUGACUUGAAAGUUUAUUUGGAUAACGAUGUAUGUCUCUCUCGACAUGCAAAUGAUACAUUAACGCUGAAAAUAGGUACCGAUGUAUCAACCGAAAUAAGUGACAAAAAGGUUGAAUUUGACAAGCAUUGUAACGUAUGUGGAUCAAAUUAUAUUUGUUCAUUCAAUAUUAGCCCCUUUAUGAACAAAAAAUUCGACCCAACGUCCCAAUUCUUGCAUGCUCAAGAUAGUUACAAUAAACAUUUUUACUCUGAUUAUGAAGGCAACUGUAAAAGAAACACGAGUUUCUUGAACGGACCUCAUAAUGCUUUUGGUUGCAAUCAUUAUAAAAACAAUAUUUACAAAAAACUAUUUGUCAUUAAUAGAACUUCUGGAGUACAAUUUUGGUCGAAAAGUAUGAUUGAUUCGAAGAAAAGAAAUGAAUCUGAUUCCAUAAUCGAAAAAAUCAAAAUGAAACGCAAACAUCUUCAUUUCAUACAAUUCAAAAAACAUUAUUCCGAAAGUUAUGCGGAAAGAUAUUUGAAUAAGACUAUAACGGGAGAAAACGUAUGUCUGACAAAAUAUAAACAAGUUCAGAAAAAAGAGCUCCUUUAUACAACAAUCAGGGUCAUUAAAAAAGUACUAGACUCCAAAAAAGCAGAUGCUCUUUUAUCAAAUUUUCGAAAUUGUUCAAUUGAAGAUUUCGACAUAUCUUCAAUUGCUCUGACGAAUGCUUUCUUGAAGGACAUUAUAGAAAAUAAUGGGAAUAUGAGUACGGAGAAAACUGAAACUCAUGAUGUCACAAAGCCACCUGAGAAAGAAAAAAAAUGCAAGUGUCACCAAAUAAAAUUAACAUUUUUAGGGAAAGUUGCGCGAUGGAAAGAAGAAUGUGACCGUUUUCGAAAAAUGAUUAAAGAUCCAGUUCCUGUUUAUUUCGAAUCACAAUUUUGUCAAAUUAUUGAAUAAAACAUCCCCAACUAACAA